AUGGUGACGGCGGUGGCGGCAGGGGUGACGGGGGGAGGCGGGGGCGUUAGUUUCGCGAGGAGCCUUCCGCGGGCGGGGUCGCUGACCUCACCCCCCCCGCGGCGGCGGGCGCGCCAAUGUCAGGGCCGGUGCAGCCGCGGUCAGCUGACGUCUGGGGACGCGCGGGGGACGCGGCGCCGGCUCUGCCGAGGUGCAGUCGAGACCCGAGCGUCGAAUCAGUCGGUCGUACGUCUCCCCGGGACGCGGUCCGCGCUAUUUAUAGGAGAUGGCGGUGGCGCCGCGCGCUACUCCGGCGCCAGGGCUGUUCUCACGAGUCAGGUACCUGAAGUAGCGCGCGGAGCCGCCGCUGCACCGCCCGAAGCCUCGGAUCCUGGCCAGCCCGCAACCGCCGCACGCCCAUUGUACUUCAUCAGGUGCUCUGGUGAUGAUGGUUCCAGGCGCUUGUUGGAGUACACUUACCGUGUCGGCGGUGAUCGACCGCGCGUUGCAGGAUAGUGCGAAGCGGAACACGUGGUUUAGUGCGAGCACGUGGCGCCUGGAGCUGGGAUCCUGGAGGUAGGUAGCCGUGGGCGCGGAGACAAAGAGCGCGGUGAGUCACUCGGCCACCAAGGCACACGGCCCGCCGGCCCGGUGGAUGACCGCUGCAGGCUGCGCCUCACCCCUCCCUUGCUACCCUAGCUCGAAUCCGCACACAUGCGACUGCCCACAUCACAUUUGCAUUGGUCAUCGAACUCCCCACCGAAACAUCUGAACAAAAGCUGCUAAAACUGGUUUUCGCAUAUAUAUUUUUUGACAGCGACCGAACAGCCGACCGACGCCUUUUUCCUGUACGAUUCUUAUGAGCCUAUAAAUUGUGUCUGAGCGUCGUUGUUACAUUUCAUGCGUCAGAGUAAUUGUGCCUUCUAUUAAUGGGAUAUUCCGUCGCUGGAAUACAAAAAAAACUGUUCCAAACAAGAUAAAUUCAUUAAUCGAAUUGAUUUGUGCAAAAUACCGUUUCAUCAGUUUCACUUGCCAAAGUGAAUUUUCUGUGACGAACUGGCGGCGAGAACGGCCACUAGCUUAUCUAGCUAACAUUUUUCUCCGUCGUCCCUGUCAUUACCAAGGUGAUUUCAAAACGACCGCUGUCAUAAACUAGUUGCCUCACUUUUGGUACGAAACCACCUUCCACUGAAACUUUGCAAAUGGUUGUUAAUCUACAAUGUCGACUCUAUGGUAACGUGAUAAAAAUGUACACUUACCUCGAUUGCGUGAAAAACCUAUCUUGGCCGAGACAUAUAAUGCAACCAAACGGCCAAUAAAAAUUCAAGCCGCGGGUGGAUGAUUCACA